GGUUUCACUCAGAACUGCAAGACGCUGAUAUUGCGUUACAGUUUAGCAAAAUGGCGGCUGUCAUUCAGAACCCACUUAAAGCGUUGGGUGACCAGUUCUACAAGGAUGCCAUUGAGCAGUGCCGCAGCUACAAUGCCCGCUUGUGUGCUGAGCGCAGCGUGCGCCUGCCCUUCCUGGACUCCCAGACCGGCGUGGCACAGAACAACUGCUACAUCUGGAUGGAGCGCCACCACCGCAGCCCUGGGGUGGCUGCAGGUCAGAUGUAUACAUACCCCGCCCGCUGCUGGAGGAAGAAGAGGCGGCUGCACACCUCCAUGGACCCUCCGCUGCGCCUCUGUGGCCUCCAGCUAGAUGGAGGACUCGCAGGCAAGGAUGUGAUUCCCACACAGGGCACCACGCUGGAGGCUCUUCUCAGAGGGGAGGGCUUAGACCAGAGGAACAACUCAAAGGACGAGGAGAGCCUCUUAGAGAUCCAGAGGGUCUUGGAGGCUGACGCAGCUGAAGAUGCUUACCAUGACGAUGAGGACUAUGACGUGGACACCCCCAAAAAAAGACACAGAGGAAAAAGCAGGGGUCGGAUUUCAGGCCGCAGGAGGACAGACAUGGAUGACCAGGACAAGCCAUAUAGCUGUGACAUCUGCGGGAAGCGUUACAUGCACCGUACAGGGCUGAGUUACCACUACACCCAUUCCCACCUGGCAGAGGAGAGGGGGUCCGAGUCCUCCCGAUCACCCUCCGCACAGCGCUCUGACCGACACAAACUUGAUCCAGCCUUCUGGUCAUCCUCUGCAGGUCAGAAGGGUCCAGGUAGUACUGCCAUUACCAAUAACUACUGUGACUCAUGCCGGUGCACCCCAGGCUCCAACAAGCAGAGGGGUAAAUCUGGGGAGAGGGGUCCCUGCGCAGUCUGCCGGUGCUCCACUGGCCGCCCAGAAGAGAAGGAGGACAGCAGGCCGUUUGCUGGGGCAGAGGAACUGUUUGGCACCACCUCGGAGAGUGACACGUCCACGUUUCACGGCUUUGAGGACGAUGAGCUUGAAGAGCCCUCGUCAAACGGCAAGGGGACGCCCAACCGAUACAGAUAGAGAAGAACUUUCUAGGUUUAAAGACUAUUUUCAAUAUGGAUAACCUCUGGCAAAAGUCUGCUGCUUCUUUUUAAAUGUUUUUAUUUAAAGUGAUUAUUUCAGGAGAGAAAUGCAAGAAGUGUUAUUUUGUUAUCUACUGAACCUUGUUUAAUAAUUUAUGAAUGUGUUUUUUUACAUUAACUUUGAAAGCAACUGAAGGUGUCUCUAGACAAAUGACUUGCUCCCUAUGUGAAAUGGAAAGAAGAAUUUAUUGGAUUAUUUUUCCACUGGAGCGGAAAAGGCAUAUAUGUUAUGAAAAAACACUGGAACAUGUGGAUAUAAUUAUGCUCUUUUUGAGAUGAUUUGCCAGAGAAAAUAAAAUCCAAUAAUUUAGUUAAAUGACAAUGUCUGGAUGAAGAAUGAAUGUCAACGCAAACCCUUCCCUCGACUUGUUGAUGUCACUAGAAUCACCAUGCAGUUUGGAAAGACUUCCACUGCUUCAUCCUCUGGAUUAUAAUAAUGUGAAAAUGCAGUGGUGUGAAUUAGGGUUAUACCAGAAGCAGGGCAUGGCUAGCUGAAAGGUAAGCACCUAGGUCCUAUUCAAACAUAGUACAGUACUUUCUCAUUUAAAUACAAGGUAUAUUCUUAUUCCAUCAGUUCAUGCCUUGCAUUUGCCAUCAACAAAGAUAAAAACAACUGUUGGUUUUAUGCCAGCUAUUUUGGAGAGUGUGACUCCACGAUCUGACCCAUUUGUCUCUGUUGUAGGAGUACCAUGGCAUGAGGACCCAGGGGGCUUUGCAGCCAGUGAGGGGAGAGGUUCAGGACCCUCACCUGGGCCUCCACACACCCCUUCACUGGGCCCAAAGACCCUAUCCAUCUGACAGUCAGCCACCAAACAGCCAUCCGUCCGACAGCUAUAAUGCCAGCCUGCCAGCGACCACAUAACUUAAUCCUCCCUAACUCAGAUAUUUUCUCUUUUUGAAGAAAUUUCCCCCCCUGAGAAUAUGUAUUGUUUUCGUCCUCUACGGCUGUGGCCACCAUGCCCAGCCGGCGGGAUCCAAUGUGACACUGAGACGUCAUUAACUUCAUCACUGUGCCAGCCUGCGACCCAGGCAAGAAACCAGCUCUGACAGCCAUGAUGACCCAGUGACCUCACUGGAACCACCCUGAACUUUAACCUCUGCCCCUGUCAUAGCGGCGGUGCUGGACUUCCUCUGUCACUUAUACAACAAAACCUCUGGACUACUUAGACAUUCUCUUACUCUUUUUAAUGUCACUUGAGCGGGCCAAACAAAUCAAGAGCUUGCUUGAAUCCCUUUCAUCCUGAAGUUAGAAUCAUGCUAUGUUCCUUUUGUUUUGAACACGAUAUUGACAGAUUGGGUUGUUGGUGUCAUUUUGGUGAGAGGUGGAUAUUUUAUUAUUCUGUUUGUUCUGGCUUUGUUUAUACCUCUGUCUUUCUACAAUACCUACUUCUACUCAGGCGUAUGAUUUGUACUGCUGUUGAUUGUUCUUCUCUGCAUCAUGAUGCAUUCAUUGUCAGCCACUGUCCCCUGCCUGCCUCAUGUGAUUGUAUCCCUAUGGUUUAGUCAUCACAAUAACACGUUUAGUGAAAUCAGCUUUAACAAAUCACAGUAUUCUGAACUGUGCCCAACCAAGUUCAUGGGCACAUUACUCCAUAUUUUCUCCUUCCUCUGACUCGCUUGUCAAACGCUUUUGUCCAGAAUCACUUACAUGGCAUGUGUGCAUAAUGCAAGGAUAGUUGCUUACAAUUGCAGAAGGAGUCUUUAAGCUGUAAAACAAUGUUAUUUUUGACAUUUGCUUUUAAGUGCUAUAUAGCUACGUUUACACAGGCAGCCCAAUUCAGAUCUUUUUUCUACUUAUUGUCUUUUGACCAAUCACAUCAGAUCAUUUCCUAUCAGAUAUUUUGUGUCUUAAAUGUUGACUAGACACUCACUCACAUAAACAUUCUUAACACUGAAUGCCCUCAGGGACCCUUUCAUCCACAGUUUCUAGGACUUCUAUGGAGAAUUAUUUUGGUAAUCAACAACAACCUCCCCAUCAAUUACUGAGUUUCCAUGGUAAUCUCAAAGGUCUUAGGUUGUCGUUUAAUAUGACUAACUUGGUUGCUAUUAUGGUCAUUGUUUUCUCUCACUGGUGACGUCCUCGAACAAACAGCAUGAUACAGUAUACUUCCAAACAACACUUCAUGGAAGUCAGUGAUGUCUGUCUGUAUAGAAACAAGUGUCAUCACCACCAAUCAUGUAAUGGUGCAUAGCUUGUAUACCUCAUCAAAGAGUCAAAGACACAGCAAUAACCCCAGAGCUCUUAGCAAGCCUUCCUGAGUUAGGAAGCACAGGGGUCGGAAUGGAGCCAAGAGAUUAAAUGGACUUGACCAGUCAUUUUAUCUUCAACUGUAAAUAACUCAAAUCGAGAGAAUUAAGUCUUUGUUAAACUAUUUUUAUUGUAUUGAAAGAAAAUAAAGAAUGAGACUCUGCCCCCUCUGGAUAUUUGGAGAUGUUUUUCUGCGGUCCUAUGUAACACUAUUGUAGUAAUUACAAUGUUACUACCUAGUUAUCACAUACUGUAAAUGAGAGGUCACCAUGUAGACAGAGGUCCAAAGGUUUUAUUAUUUGGUGCCCACAAGAUACCAGGUGCAUGGGUAUUUUACAUUGAUAAUAGUCAUCUUGCUGUUUGAGAAACUAGAAGCACAAAUUCCCUGGAUAUGUUACAUGCAUAGUAAUGUGCCCAUACCAUAAAAUGUGCUUUUAGAUAAUGGAAAUCUAUAGAGUCAAUUUAUAUACAAUGCACUCUGUACAUACACUAUUGUGUUUGUGCCGACAAUAUUCUUAAACACUGACUCAAUAAAUUAAGCAUCUCUACCUUA